UCGCCGCACGGCUUCCCCGCCUCGCCCGCCGCCAGCCAGGUUCCCAUUUUGAAAGCCAUUAGAAGAUACUCUGCCACCCUAUUGGAUUACUUCCUAUACAACUCAGCAUGUCACUGUGCCCUGGAUUUUAUAAGGUGGCCAUGAUUUAAUCCCCACUUCCAAUUUCUAUGUAUUGGUGAAGCAUUGGAGCUCUUUAGAGCUGCUGUUACUUGCGUGGAAACUGAUCCGUCUCGAAUCCCUUCUCCAAAGGACUAGACGUUACUAGCAAUGAGCUCCCAAAGCCAUCCAGAUGGGCUUUCUGGCAGAGACCAGCCAGUAGAACUGUUGAAUCCACCUAGAGUGAACCACAUGCCUAGCUCUGUUGAUGUGACCACAGCACUGCCCUUGCAAGUUGCACCGACUUCAGUCCCGAUGGAUCUGCGCUUGGACCACCAGUUUUCCAUGCCCGUGACGGAGCCGACGCUGCGGGAACAGCAGCUCCAGCAGGAGCUCCUGGCGCUCAAGCAGAAACAGCAGAUCCAGAGACAGAUCCUCAUCGCCGAGUUCCAGCGGCAGCACGAGCAGCUCUCCCGGCAGCACGAGGCCCAGCUGCACGAGCACAUCAAACAGCAGCAGGAGAUGCUGGCCAUGAAGCAUCAGCAGGAGCUGUUGGAGCACCAGAGGAAGCUGGAGCAGCACCGACAGGAGCAGGAGCUGGAGAAGCAGCACCGAGAGCAGAAACUUCAGCAGCUAAAAAACAAAGAGAAAGGAAAAGAGAGUGCAGUGGCAAGCACGGAAGUAAAGAUGAAAUUGCAAGAAUUUGUCUUAAAUAAGAAGAAGGCAUUGGCACACCGGAAUCUCAACCACUGUAUAUCCAGUGAUCCUCGCUUCUGGUAUGGGAAGACACAGCACAGCUCUCUGGACCAGAGCUCCCCACCCCAAAGCGGCGUAUCCGGCACCUACAAUCACCCUGUACUGGGGAUGUAUGAUUCCAAAGAUGACUUCCCACUCAGAAAAACAGCGUCUGAACCCAAUCUGAAGUUACGAUCCAGACUAAAGCAAAAAGUGGCUGAAAGACGGAGCAGCCCCCUCUUGCGCAGAAAAGAUGGUCCGGUGGUUACUGCUCUGAAGAAGCGCCCGCUGGAUGUCACAGAUUCUGCAUGCAACAGUGCUCCUGGAUCUGGUCCCAGCUCUCCAAACAACAGCUCCAAUAACAUAAGCGCCGAGAACGGAAUUGCAGGAUCAGUCACGAGUAUUCAAGCAGAGACCAGCCUGGCUCACAGACUUGUGAAUCGUGAAGGCUCGGUAACACAGCUUCCACUCUACACAUCUCCUUCUUUGCCCAACAUCACGCUAGGACUGCCUGCAACCGGCCCUUCCAGCGGAGGAUCGGCGCAGCAGGAUGCGGAGAGACUUACUAUCCCAACCUUACAGCAGCGGAUCUCUUUAUUUCCUGGCACUCACCUCACUCCCUACUUGAGCACUACGACGUUGGAAAGAGAUGGGGGAACUGCACAUAACCCUCUCCUGCAACACAUGGUCUUACUGGAACAGCCAACUGCACAAACUCCCUUAGUUACAGACUGGUAUCUUUCAGGACUGCCCCUCCAUGCACAGUCUCUGGUUGGUGGAGAACGGGUCUCCCCUUCAAUACACAAACUCCGGCAGCAUCGCCCGCUGGGGCGCACGCAGUCUGCUCCCCUUCCCCAGAACGCCCAGGCCCUCCAGCAGUUAGUGAUCCAGCAGCAGCACCAGCAGUUCUUGGAGAAACACAAACAGCAAUUCCAGCAACAGCAACUGCACAUCAACAAGAUUAUAUCAAAACCCAACGAACCAGCUCGCCAGCAUGAAAGCCACCCUGAGGAGACAGAAGAAGAGUUACGGGAACACCAAGCCCUUUUGGAGGAGCCAUACGGCGACAGAGCCGCAAGCCAAAAGGAGGCCCCGGGGCUGGCCAACAUGGUGCAAGUGAAGCAAGAACCCAUCGAGAGCGAUGAAGAGGAAGCAGAGCCACAGCAGGAGCUGGAGUCUGGGCAGAGGCAGGCCGAGCAGGAGCUGCUCUUCCGUCAGCAAGCCCUUCUGUUGGAGCAGCAACGCAUUCACCAGCUGAGAAACUACCAGGCGUCGCUGGAGGCAGCUGGCAUGCCCGUCUCUUUCGGAGGGCAUCGACCUCUGUCCCGUGCACAGUCCUCGCCUGCCUCGGCCACCUUCCCGAUGUCCGUACAGGAGCCACCCACUAAGCCAAGGUUCACAACAGGCCUUGUAUAUGACACCUUGAUGCUGAAACACCAGUGUACCUGUGGAAACACAAACAGCCACCCAGAGCACGCGGGGAGGAUCCAGAGCAUCUGGUCCCGGCUCCAGGAGACGGGUCUCCGUGGCAAGUGUGAGUGCAUUCGUGGAAGAAAAGCAACUCUAGAAGAGCUGCAGACAGUUCACUCGGAAGCCCAUACGCUGCUGUACGGCACAAACCCUCUGAACAGACAGAAACUGGACAGCAAGAAACUUCUAGGUUCUCUAACGUCGAUGUUCGUCAGGCUUCCUUGCGGUGGUGUCGGGGUUGACAGCGACACAAUUUGGAAUGAAGUUCACUCGUCCGGUGCCGCUCGCCUGGCCGUGGGCUGUGUCAUUGAGCUCGUUUUCAAAGUGGCCACGGGAGAACUGAAGAAUGGAUUCGCUGUUGUUCGGCCUCCAGGUCACCACGCAGAAGAGAGCACACCCAUGGGUUUUUGCUAUUUUAACUCCGUGGCAAUCGCAGCCAAGCUGCUCCAGCAACGGCUGAACGUUAGCAAAAUCCUUAUAGUGGACUGGGAUGUUCACCACGGGAAUGGUACUCAGCAAGCUUUCUACAAUGAUCCUAAUGUUCUUUAUAUUUCACUACAUCGCUAUGAUGACGGGAACUUCUUUCCAGGCAGUGGUGCUCCCGACGAGGUUGGCACAGGAGCAGGGGUCGGUUUCAACGUUAACAUGGCCUUUACUGGUGGCCUUGAUCCACCGAUGGGAGACACAGAAUACUUAACUGCUUUCAGAACGGUAGUAAUGCCCAUUGCCAAUGAAUUUGCCCCAGAUGUUGUGCUGGUGUCAUCUGGCUUCGACGCGGUGGAAGGCCAUCCCACACCUCUCGGAGGAUAUAACCUAUCAGCAAAAUGCUUCGGGUACCUGACGAAGCAGCUGAUGGGCCUGGCCGGGGGUCGCGUCGUCCUGGCCCUCGAAGGAGGCCACGACCUGACCGCCAUUUGUGAUGCCUCGGAAGCCUGUGUUUCUGCUUUGCUGGGAAACGAGCUUGACCCUCUUCCAGAAAAGGUUUUCCAGCAGCGAGCCAAUGCUAAUGCGGUGCAUUCAAUGGAGAAAGUAAUCGAGAUACACAGCAAGUAUUGGCAUUCACUCCAGCGUUACGCCUCCACGGUGGGGUACUCCCUGGUUGAGGCCCAGAAGUGCGAGAACGAGGAGGCGGAGACGGUAACAGCCAUGGCGUCUCUGUCAGUGGGCGUGAAGCCAGCUGAGAAGAGACCCGAUGAUGAACCCAUGGAAGAGGAACCUCCUCUGUAGCAUUCACCUUCGAGCUGGAGUUCUCCUGUUUGUUCGUCUUCGUCUUGAAGCUCUGCCAAGAAGCUUUCUCUUGUUACUCCUGCGUCCUGUCACGGUUUUUUCCAGAAUACGGAAGGACAACCAGGCGUAAAACAAAGCAACCGAAAAAAAUCUGUCCGUAUCUAUAUGCGUCUACAGUAUAUAUUUGCCGAAAAAGAAAAAUGCCGGUGAAGAGCAGUAAAGGACUGACACGCUGGGCACUCUUCCUCUGGUCCUCACUGGGAGCGGAAAGGGGAACGACGCCCGUGAAGUCUUUGGCAGAGUUGCCAAAAAAAAAAAAAAACAAAAAUAAAAAAAAAAAUCAAAGAUUCAACAACACAUACGAAAAUAAAACAAACAAACCUUAACGUAAAACUGGUGCUUACAAUUUGACUACCCACAAUUCAGCAAUCUCCGCUUGAACCACUCGACCCAUCUUGUAGUUUCAUUUCUUGGAUUUUUUAAAUGGCUCUUGCCUGCCUGUGAGUCAACGACGUUGUUGUCGAAACCAGAACAAUGGGAGAUGGUGUAUUUUUAACGGGGAGGGACAGGGAAAGAGGGACUCGUCUUAGAUCUAAAGGAAAGGGAAAGAGAAGGGGGGAAACAGUAGCCCAGAUGGAGUCGGCUUUAUUGUCUCCAAAGCCAUCUGAAGAUGAGUUUGUGCCUUUUUUUUUAAUUGAUGGAUUUGGUGCAGCUGGAUUUUCUGAAGUUUGAGGAACAAUGCCUUAAGUAAAAAAAACAAAACAAAACAAAACAAAAAAAAAAAACCACAAAGAACACAGCAGUUCGUGAAUAUUUUUCCUCUGGUUGGGAAAGCCAAGAACUGCCAUCAGGAAGGAAGACUUUUUGGCUUGUGCUGGCAUGAUGGUGGGAAGCAGGCAUCAGCUGAACAGAGCGUCUCCAAAAACUGUCUACAAGUUUGGAUUUGUUUUGUUUUCUUUCAUUGCUGUUUCAAAAAAAAAAAAAGGAAAAAAAAAGAAAAAAAAAAAGGAAAAAAAAGAAAUUAAGGUAGUUGCCAAGAAAGUGGCAAAUACUGUUGGGUCUUUGAAAUUCAACCAUUUUUAAAAAGAAGUUUUCAAAUGUUUUCUCUCUUCUACAUUAUCUAGUAAUUGAACUUACCAAUUUGGUUGUUGAAGCAUGUAUUAGACACAAAUGCAGGUUUAAGACUGGAAUGCUUUUUAUUAAAAGCAACUAGCAUGAGAUAUUGCUUAAAUUGUUAGGUAUAAAUAUAUAUAUGUGUAUAAUGUAUAUUCCAAAUGUAUUCCAAGCUUAGAAACCGGAUUCCUAUGAAUUAUUGAUAAAAAUAUUUAUGAUGCAUUUAUAGAAAAAUAUAUGUAAUAAAUGCAUACUAUAACAGUAGCCAUUGGAAGCUCCCUAGGGACAGAUUUGUGAAUUGGAACGUAAAAGGUGCUUUUGGAAAAGGAUCCAGGUUGAAACUCGAGGACUUUCAGACGACAGGUUGGAAAGUUUUUCAGAAAGCCAACACAUUAGCCACUGGGCAACUACCCUAAACAUUUGUAUUUUAAUUUAAGGUUUUUAGUUGUGAUCCUUUUCUAACAAAAAAAAAAAAAAUGAGUUUUUUAUAGCAAAGACUAUGAAUUUGCUGUUAAUUUUUAUAUCGAUAUUUCACAGAACCCUAAAGAAGCCUUGUUUGUGUGACUCUGACAUUUAUUUUCUAUUUGGCAGGUUUCGUUUCCGAACGGCAAUAGCGUCUAAACCUUUUUUCCUCCCACUUCUCUUGCUUGUACAUUAUUUUCCUUUUUCUUUUCUUUUUCUUUUUUUUUU